AUGGCCGACCAGACGCCAAUUCUGGAGAAGCUGGAUGCAGCACUUUCGGAGCUUCUUGCAGGCUGGAACAUCUACACCACCGUCUUUGCUGGAUUUCUUGCUGCAUACGCUAUCUAUUCGGUCGUGUCAAACCAGGAUCCCGAUGUCCAUCCGUACCUACUAGCUCGUCAAUCUACAGCAUCCCCCAUCCGGCAGACCGGCGAGUCGGCAACCUACCGCAGCCUUGAGACACCAUAUGGAUUCCCUCUCCGACAAGGAUUGAACGUGAAGGAUCCGGGAGCUCCCAAGUGGACUGCUGGUCGACGGGGUGAUUUGCGCGAUAUUUGGAAGACCGCUCUCCGUGGAGCUCUGAAUGAAGAUGGUACCACGUCUGGAAAACAGGGCAAAAUCUACACGGUCCUUGGCAAGAAUGCCGUUGAACACUCUCUUGCUCAGGUUACACAGGAAAUAAAUGUGAUCGGCAGUCACCUCCAAAAGGCCGGGGUGAAGACCGUUGCUGUUUGUCUGACCGACUCUAUCGAGCUGCUGGCUGCUAUUUUUGCCGGCUCUUUCUACGGAUUCAAGAUUGUCCUUGUUCCCCAUAACCUGCCCGCGGAGACCCUAUCGAGCCACCUGCAGAAUGCCAAGGCUGACGCUCUCAUUGCUGAGGCUGGCUCGAUGGACCUGGCCCUUGUCACAAAGGCAAACAAGCAACUUUCCGUCGUCAUCUGGGUUGCUAAGUAUGGAAACCGUCACAUGGACUGGCAUGAAGCUCCUAAGGAUGCUAAGAGCACUCUCGAGGUUGCUGUCUGGCAUGAAUUGGCGGAGGAAGGCAAAGAUCUGGCUGGCUUCGAUGUCCCCGAGUAUGACCCUACGACGCCAGUCCCUGCCGUCAAUACCGUUUGGCCAUCGGAGUCUCAGUCUGGCGAAUUCAUCGAUUUCAAGCAAGAGAAUCUUGUGGCAGCCAUCAGUGCUCUGGGUUCCGCACUCUCUCGCAACCAGCGUUUCAACUCUUCCGAUCUUGUCCUCUCAAUCGAUUCCCUUUCUCGCUCGUACCCUCUCUGCCAAAUCUUCAACGCCCUAUAUUCAAAUGCCUCAAUUGCCUUGAACUCAGUUGCUGGUGAGGAUGUCGACUUUGCUCUGGCCACCAAAGGAGUGUCCCCAACAGUGAUCAUUGCGUCUUCACGCACCAUGUCUGAUUACCAUGACCGCUUCAUGAAACCAAACACCGGCCUGGUCUCUUCUUUGGGCCGGUGGGUGCAGGCUCGGACUCUGGAUGCAGGCAACAUGCCAUCCCGUAACCUCUUCAACCGAAUUUCCCAAGUCGGCCCAACUGCGGAACUUACCCUGGAAAAGCUGCGCCUGCUCUGUAUCUCUCACCGUGUCGAUGCUGAUGCCUCCGUCCGCCUGACCUCGGAGCAACUGACGGACCUUCGAAUUUACAUGGCUGCUCGCAUUGUAUAUGCUCUGACUGGACCUGGCAUUGCUGGCGCUAUCGCCCAGACCAAUGUUUUCGAUUACAGGGAUCUUAGUGGCCCAAGCCACUUUGGAGGUCCUCUGAGCAGCGCGGAGAUCACCCUGACUGGCGUCUCCGAGAACCAGGCAUCCGAAGAGAACCCGGAGGGUCAGAUCUCUGUGGCCGGUCCCGCUGUUGUGGGUGGCAAAGCCACACUCUCUGUACGAGGACGUAUCGGCACGGACAACACCCUUGAACUGACCGCCUGA